CUGCUCAUGGACUUCGCUACCACUUUCAUCCUCCUCUGGCAUGUUGAUCAACGGCGAAUCCUUAGCAGAGGGCUGCGACGAUCAUCGUGUGAUGACGCGUUGAAGCAAACAUUGUUCAAAUGGAGGCAGCGUUGUAUUCUUGGUUUCCUCCUCGUUGUCCCAAUACAACUCCCAAGAGGAUUUCUCCUCCUCUUUUGGGUGAGAGACACCAUCCGACAAGAGCUCGCAGACCAGCUGAUUUUCAUCCCUUACCAUUAGCCCAAUCCACUUGUCAUGGAUUUGAUGUCGGUUUUGUCGGGACCAGUUAGUUUUCCUUUAUGUUCAACAUUUAUACAUGCGGAAAUCUGAUGUUGUCUGUGCAGAUACAUUAUUUAUCAUUUCUACUAUUGGUUCUCCGCAUCACGUCACGGGGCAGUCCCGACGAGGACAUAGCCCUCAGUCCUAUAUUGCCACAGAGUGGGGAUGUGGAUGCCCCCGUCCAAGAUCCUACCACUGGAGUGGCAACGACUGACUUGGGCGCCCAGAAUGGAGAAACUCUCGCAGCAGGGUCCCAAGCACCUGAGAAUCAGUUCGGUAAGCCUAGUGUCACCAAACCCCGCACUCAUGGUCUCAUCACCCAUUCAUCCCACUGCCAGACUUCCGAACCAGACGGUAACUCUCCAGAAGCAGGCAAGAACCCAGCGCAUGUGCAGCCGGCGAUGGCUCGAACCAGCUCCUCGAGCCCCAAUCGGCACGGAGCAGGGCAGUGGACUAAUGAGCCACCACUCAGCACAGUUCCAAGUUCGUCAAGGGGGUAUAGCGCGCUGCACUCUUCCUGCAUAUUCAUAUUUAUACCGUGGAAGGGGUAUUAUCCAUCAACUAUGCCCAUAAACUUCCUACUGCGCCGUUUUCGCGGCAUACAUUUGUUUAUCCACUCCCAUUGUCUCGUAGUCUCACACACGAAACUAAUAUUUAGUUCUCAUCCCUUUGAUUCCUGUUUCGAAAUGUCUUGUUCACUGCUGAACAUCCCUGAGAUCGGGUGCAGAACUUACAUGAUCGAUGAAACCCGGAACUGCCACACACGCCUGCGCGGCGGGGGAAAUUCGCCAACAGUCCGCCUCGCAAAUGUCAUCAAGGGAUUUAGUGACCGCCAAUUGAUAGGAUAUCAGCAAGCCAGCGGUUGACACGAGGUGGAUUGAUUGCGAUCGGCGUCUCAUCCGAUCGUUGGAAGUAAAUUCAAUGCAGCAGCACAGCAAUCAUGUGAAGCUACAAGA